AUGGCAACACGUCGGACGAUCUCUUCUGAGAAGUCCAUCUCGGAAAAGGAUGACCACAUUGGUGGCAGCUCUACAGGUCUCGAGUCAUCUACUGUUGGCCCUGCUGUGCCCGGCCACGUCAUUGCCAAACUUCUCAUCUUUACUCUUGCCAUGGUAGUCCUCCCCAUAGGGUCUUACUUCGCCUCCGUAAACACUCUGUUCAAAGGCAAUACCACAUACGCAGGUGGAUUGGCCGCCCUCAUGGCGAAUGUCGUGCUCGUUGGCUACGUUGUCGUCGCCAUGAAGGAGGAUCAAGGAGAUAGAAAAGAACCCAAGGCGGAGGGGAAGAAGGACCGCUAG